UCUGAUCUCUGUAGGAUUGCCCCUUUGGAGAUUUCUGCAGUAGUUGCUCUGUUACCUGUUGUUCCGAUCACACUGUAGGCGGUGUCCAUCAUCGCAACGAACCUCAGUCGAUUGGGCCAUAACAAAUGCACUGGCUGGCGCCAUGGGCCGUGAUAUAAGCCAGGAUUAAUGUCCCUUCCUCCGUCAUCUGGUCGUUUUCCUUCCCUCGAAUCCUUGCACUGCGUGACUAUGUCCAGCAGAGAACCUGAUCUUCCGCCUUCCCCUACACUCUUGGAGGCCCCUCCAAGCUAUUACAGCCAAGACGAUACUCGCUCCUUGACCAGACCCCCAUCCCCCAGGGGUACUGUCCGAGCAGACUUCCGCGGCCCUGCCGCAGGACUAUCAGGCUCACAACCUCUGCCAAUGCCAGUUGUGCAAUGCGGUGUCAGAUACAGCUUUUCGCAGUUAUCCGCCAAUUCGAUGCUGCUCUUACCGCCUCCGGGUGCAGCGGACAGUCGUUCGCUGUAUCAUAUAUCGGUGCAUAUGAAUGUUUUUAAGCCGCAGUCGUUUGUUACCGUUGUUCGCCGGGGAGCCUUGGAAUCUGGUCCCUAUGUGGGAGAGUUCGAAUAUGGGCCAUAUGACCGUAUAAAUCGAAUAGUUGUGGGAUCGACUGCGAAGAGGCUUGGAAACGUGGUAGCCUUCAAGUCACGUUACUUUCAUGCGAACAACUGGCACUGGCACGGCCUGAAAUGGAUAUUCGACAAUCUUGCCAUACACUGGGAGCCCGAGACGGCGCUCCCGAGCCGAACGCUGCAGUACAAAUGCGUUACCAAAGAUUCAGGGAAGAGCAUACUGGCUCACCUUGCCACGUUUUACCCGGCGAACAUGUCGUCCGCACGUGGAGGGACUAUCCCGAUGCCGUCUCUUGUCAUCGAGCAUGCCGGAGCAGGCUUUGGAGAUCAUGUUCUGCUAUCAAUUCUUGUCCUUCAGCGUCAUGACUACCCAUCCCCGAGAUCUGACUAGUGGUAUAUAAUCCACAUCUUUGAUUCGUCAUAAUUUGACUAACAGGACGAGUUUUGAUGAGGUCUGCGGAAAUUUCCCGUUUUUCGUUCGCGCCAUGUAUGGCUACAGCCUUGUGGCGUUUGAUCGCCGAAAUACGAGAGACUUGGCCUGGUUCACUACCGUUCUGUCUGGCUAGCUCCAUACCUGCC